CAGAGAGUCGGCGGUGAGUCUGGGAUGUCAUGUGAAGGGCUGGAACAGAUCGACCAGGAAAUCUCAGCUUGUUGCUACAGCUACAGUUUGGCUGCCCACGGCCUGGAAGCACAUACAUUGUAUUUAGGCCUAGUAUUUGGUUUUAGUUUUAAUUUGUGCACCAUGGCUUCUCUAUUCAAGAAGAAGACAGUCGACGACAUUAUAAAGGAACAGGCUAAGGAGCUUCGUGGUACUCAGAGACAGAUCACUAGAGACAGAGCUGCUCUGGAGAAACAAGAGAAACAAAUGGAGAUGGAGAUAAAGAAGAUGGCUAAGUCUGGGAACCGCGAGGCGUGUAAGAUCUUGGCCAAGCAGCUGGUCCAGCUGAGGAAGCAGAAGAACAGGACCUACGCCGUCAGUUCAAAGGUCACCUCCAUGUCCACACAGACCAAGGUCAUGAAUUCUCAGAUGAAGAUGGCUGGAGCCAUGUCCACUACGGCUAAGACGAUGCAGGCGGUGAACAAGAAGAUGGAUCCACAGAAGACUCUCCAGACCAUGCAGGACUUUCAGAAAGAGAACAUGAAGAUGGGCAUGACUGAGGACAUGAUCAACGAUACGUUAGAUGAGAUAUUUGUGGAAUCAGGAGACGAGGAAGAAUCUCAGGACAUUGUGAACCAGGUUCUGGAUGAGAUCGGCAUCGAGAUCGCUGGAAAGAUGGUGAGAGCCCCAGCAGCAGGGAAGAGUCUCCCUACUGCUUCUCCUAAACGGAAAACGCAGAUCUCUGAUGACGAGAUAGAGCGACAACUCCGAGCCCUGGGAGUGGACUAACACACACACACACACCAUGGGCUAGGCCUGUGUACUAGCAGGCUGGUGGUCCAUGUGUCCGAGACUGGGAGAUUGUGGGUGGUUAUGAAUAUUUAAUGACUAAAUGAAGGAAUAAUAGAAUAUAAUGACCCACACUACAUUCUGCUGCAGCAGGCAGCCUGCUGAAGGGGUUGGCUUCUGAUGAAGUCAAAGAAACAGAGUGAGGUAAUGAGUGUUCUCUGUGCUCUCACAUCUUUAGGUACCGUACUAUAGACAGUGGUGGUGUCGAACGACUGACGAUGUGUCUGUCUCAUUCCACUGACAUUAACCCCUACGAGUAGGGUAAGGGCUUGACUUUUUCACUAAUAAACAUUUUGCAUGAGAAUCUAUCUAAUUAGCAGGAUCAAACUGGAUGUCCGUUACGUAAAUAGAUUCAGUUUCAAACAAUGUGUGAAAGAAUAAUGAAUGCUAAUUCAAACUAAUAAUCAUUAACUUGAUAUAUCAAAGAAUGGUUAAUUUUGAGUUGCUUGUUUUGUACUACUGAGUUGUACUGUAAUCUGAAGAUGUUGUCUUAGUUGAUCUCUGUGUGUCCUGUCUUUCUGAUGUGGGAUGGAACCAGUCUGUCCUCAUCUCUCUCUUUUUAUCUCGGCUGCUGUGCAGUUAUCGUAUCUGUUAGACCUGUUUUUUAAAAACACACACACACACACACACACACACACACAUUCUAGAGUGUACAAUGAGUUUGUGAAGAAGACACUGAUCGUUGUCUUCCUGACACACUCUGUUUCACUCUACCAUGCUGUAAGAGCAGGUUAGGAGACAAUGGCAUAUUGUGCAAUAUCAACUAAACAACAUUUCAUGCAUUCUAGAAUGUUCCCCCUCAUGGUUCUCUUCUGGUUUUCUAAUGUCGACUAGUAUAUCACUGUAUACUAAAAUAAUUGUCUUAAUGAUUGUUACUGGAAAACAUUGACUGGCUUACUAUCGUUACAUCAGUUUCUUUUCAACUUGAUUUUUUGGUGCAAUUCUCCAGACAGGAAAGGUAAAUGAAUGAAGGUUGUUGUCACCCUUUUUAUCCACCAAGUAUGUAAACUACUGUAUGUAUCCUCUGUAUUUGUACAGUUGUACUGUUUAAACUUGAUGACUUUUAUAAUGAAUAAAAUAGCAUGUACAAAAUG